CAACUAUGUCAUAACUUGAGAAGGUCGUCCAGAGAAAAGGUUGCUCCUUACUUUUCUCUCGCAAAAUACCAAGCUUGCCAGCAUUGACCGCUGCAUGCACUUCGUAGAUCAAUGUUGCCUUACAUGUACUGAGCAGCCAGCAGCCAGCCCACCUAACUGAGUUCAAUCAGCAAUUUAAAAGUUGACCAUGGCGUCCAGAAGACGGAAAGCUGCUAAAGGGAACGCGCAGGAAAUGUGUGGGUGUCGCCAGGACAUGUAUCGGCUCAUUACCACCGCUUUGGUCUUGAUUGGGUGUACUCUCAGCUUUUUGACUUGGAAACCCCUGAUAACUACAUGUAUACCGAACACAAGUACUACCAUUACCACCGGUAUUUCAAGUACUAGUACUGGUACUACCAGAAAUUCGCUUUGUAUGGAAGUAGGAGAUUCCAAUCACCGCACACGACCCCUCCCCACCGAUACCGACCGCUGUCUCUUGUUCGAGCCCCCGCCUCCAUCAUUACAGCUAUUAAUGAAUGUCUUGCGAGGACUUCCCAACGCGGGACGCUGCGAUUACGGCAAUCCCAACUGCGCCCCUCCGUAUCUACCUUAUGACAAGAAGCUGCGUCAUUUUGGAGAUGAUUGGCCACCCCACGGAUUCACCAUGACGGGCCAAGAACGACUGCACAAUUUCUAUGCCGCCAUUUCCGAAGUCAACCGCAACCAAAUUGAGGGAGCCAUUGCCGAAUUUGGAGUCUGGCGAGGAGGUGCCAUGAUGUUGGCAAUGGCCAUGACUGAUACUGAUACCGGUAGUUUGAUUGAACAACAACAAAGAUAUCGUGGCAUUCCCCGAGACCUGUACCUCUUUGAUGCGUUUGGUUCCUUUGGAGGCUACGGGAGAAACGACAACUUUCUCGGUGUAUCUCUAGAAGACGUAAAAAACAAUUUCCGAAUGCUCAACCUCAAUCCCGACCAACCAAGAGUCCAUUUUGUCAAGGGUAUGUUUAAAGAUACCACUGGCGCUUGGAUCCAUCGUGCCGAUCCCAUUGCCGUACUCCGAGUGGAUGGCAACUUUUACAGUUCCUACCAAGAUGUCAUGUACGCCGUCUAUGAGAACGUUCCCGUUGGGGGGAUUGUCAUUUUUGACGAUAUCUAUCAUCCCAAACACAAAUCAGUGAUGCAAUUCUGGAACCAUUUCAAAGCCGAUCAUGGCUUGGUCGAAGAAUUGGUCCGCAUCGAUACGGGCUCUGCCUGGUUUCGCAAACAAAAGCAGGUUACUGUGGAUCAAACAAAGAGACGAGCCGUACCUACUAACGAGGUGUUAGAGUAGUAACUAGAUAACUUUAGCUAGCUCCUCAUUUUUUC